AUGUCGUAUAACAAGCUUAAAUUUGUCACUGAUAAACUGUAUUGUUUCCGAAGUCUCACUAGACUUCUUCAAUUAAAACUUUUGACUGCAUUAUCUCAAGACUUUUCACUUUUACCAGACAAUGAAGUGCUCAUUACCCAAGUGCAUUCUGUGAUCAACAAAGUAGUGUAUAAUUGUAGAGACAUUUAUCUUCAACAUACCAAAGCUGAUGCCACUGUAACUAAAGUCAUUCAAUUUUUGCAUGAAGGUUGGCCAAAAAAUUGUAAAGGUUUAGAUAGUGAUCUCAAAUGUUAUUUCCACCUUAGAUCUGAAUUGUUUCAUGAAGAUGGACUGUUAUACUUUAAGAAUAGACUUGUAAUAUCAUCACUCAAAAAUCAAUUAUUACAGGAAUUGCAUUCUGUACACCAAGGAGUAGUUAAAUGUGAGGCACUUGCCAGGCAAUCUGUAUUUUGGCCAGGGAUCAACAAAGACAUUCAGUCAUUUGUUAGUGACUGUUGUAUCAGUUCUGAGUUUGCUCCUGCUCUUCGGAAACCACCCAUGUUACCUCAUGAAAUUCCGAGUCUUCCAUACGAACAAGUGGCCACUGAUAUUUUAGACUACUAUGGUGACUAUUAUUUAGUUGUAAUUGACACCUAUAGUAAGUGGAUUCAUGCUAUUAAAAUGCCUAACAAAACUGCAGAGAGCGUGAUAGAGGUGUUAACAUUUUUGUUUUCUAUUCAUGGAAUUCCACUAGUUGUAUUAGCUGAUAAUCCUUUCAAGUUUUAUAAGUGUGCUAGUUUUGCCAAAGAGUUAAAUUUUGCAUUUGUAUCCUGUAGCCCUCAUUACCACCAAUCAAAUGGGCUAGCAGAAAAAACAGUUAGCAUUGUUAAACAGUUUUUGAGAAAAUGUUCCAAAGAUCCCAAGGCAACAUUGGCAAAUUGUUUGCUGCAGUAUCGGGUGACUCCCAUCUCAGGUCUUGAUGCUUCUCCAGCGCAAUUGUUAAUGAGCAGACAGUUACGAACUACUUUGCCAAUUGUAACAUCUCGCCUCAAGCCAUCUCUUGUUCCUAAUGUUGUUUCUAAGUUAAACCAAAAAGCUCAAACUGCAAAAAAUUUCUAUGAUAAAACAGCACAGGCUAAAGAAAAGGAAUUUUCUCCAUCUGAUUAUGUUUUUGUCAAAAAUCCUAGAACAACCAAGUGGGAGCCUGGUAUUGUAAUAGAUGUAUGUGAGGAACCUCGAUCUUACCUUGUCAAAACUAAUUCAUCAAACAAUGUUAUCAGAAGAAAUUGUGUGUUUCUCAAGCCUAGAAAUGUUAAUGUUCCCUCUAGUACGCCUGUUACAUGUUACCUUCAAAAAAAUCAAAAUAAUGUUCCAAUUCCUGAGCCUCAAGUGCAAAACAAUGAUCUUGACAAUAAUCAAAUUGUAAUUCCUCUACAGGAAGUAAAUCAAAAUCUUGACAGGUGGCGUGAGCAGCUAAGAGAGCGUCUCGCUCAAAACCAACAGGGUCCUCAAAUUCCAAAUGUUCCAAGAACUCGAACCCGUGUUGUGAAGCAGCCUCAAGGGCUUAAUCUUUAA